UUCUUUUUAAAAAGCACACUUUUGCAAAGCAAGCAUGAGAAAGAUGAGAGUUUGGAUUCUGUUAAUCAUUUUGGGAUUAGUUUUGUCAGGGAACACCAACAGUGUUACUGAGAAACUUAAUAAGAAACGGGUACAGAGAAGCAAUUCGCGAGCGCUUACCACGAUGAUUCAACAAGACCAGACAAGUUUAAAAAGUGAAGAAAUUGAUAUAGUAACAGAACUAUUCAACGUCAAUAAGAAAUCUGCUGAUUUGAUUCUGGGAAAUUUGUUAGCGAAGCAUAGACGAACCGCAUACAAACCACGGGAGAGAAGAGAAAAUAUGAAAGAAAAUGGGUUUGGAAAAAAACGCGGAAAUGGAUUUCAAGAUUUUUCAAGACGUACGAGCUCGAUCUAUUAUAAAGAGGCACGUGUUGACGAAGCAAGGAAAAUCUGUAGGAGUGAUGCUAACACAGAUUUAUAUACUUUGAAAAGAUACCCGAAACCUCUGGAAUAUGAGCGGAUCAUUUUAAAGGAUGCCCGCUCAAGUAAAGCCCUGUGCUUAGAUGGUACACCGGCAGUGUAUUUUCUCAGAAAAAGCAAAGCCAGAAAUCAAGGAAAACGAUGGAUCAUUUUUUUCCCCGGUGGUGCGUGGUGCUCAAGCAAAGAACCAUGUUUUACUCGCUCACAAACAGAUCUUGGAUCAAGCAAAUAUUUUCCUUCUCUCGCCAAGCAAGGUGGCAUUUUAUCAAGCAACCGUUCCAAAAAUCCCUAUUUUUACGACUGGAAUGUUUUAUAUUUGCAGUACUGUGAUGGUAGUUCGUUUAUGGGGAACGUUGAACAGCCUGUAUUGCAUGGAAAGGUUUAUCUUUACUCUAGGGGAUUUACAAUUCUGAAUGCUUUCCUGGACGAAAUUAUUCCCAAAUAUUUAUCCAAAGCCCGUGAAGUAGUCGUGGUUGGCAUAUCUGCUGGAGCUCUUGGUGUUUUGGCAAAUGCAGAUUUGAUUUCGUCUCGCAUUCCACAAGCCAUAAAGGUACAUUUCGUAUCAGAUGGUGGGUUCUUUGUAGACGUCCGUUGUAGAGACAAACAGUAUGUAUUUAGUCGCUGGAUGAAAAGCUUGCAUGUUUUUCACAAUAUCACAAGUGCUCUUCUUCAAGAUUGCAUGGUAAGCUUUAAAAGACAAGAAUGGAUGUGUCUAAUGCCAGAGAACAUUCUACGUUUUACAAAAUCUUCAAUAGCGAUCAUCAACUCCAUGACUGACGCUUGGCAGCUCGUAAAUCUUAAAGGUGCUGAAUGUGGUUAUGCGCCGCGUUCUUGCGACAACUACGAAUUAGGCUUAGCUCAGCAGCUGCGUAAUUCUAUGACGAAGUCACUAAAUCCAAUUACGGGCAUGGAAAACAUUUCUUUAUUUCUGUAUUCUUGUAUAAGGCAUUGUAUGAUUCACCAGUACAAGUCAUGGCGGUUUUUGAAGGUUGGGUCCAUGACGUUAGAAAAAUUUGUUUAUGAUUUUGUUAGCGGUGAAAAAAAUGUUCAACUAAUUGAAGAUCGUAAUGGCAAUCCAGUUUGUACAUUGUAAGACCUGUCUAUUUACUUGUUUAAAGCCCGGUGCUCGCUAGCCGACGCAACUACAAGCCGCCGCCGUCGGCUAGUGCAUGUCAGUUCUCACUAUAAAAAGAAGCGAAGCAAGCGCAAACGCUAGAGCAAGAGAACGGAAGAUCAUUACUACCCACUGCCACCAAGACUAGAUUAAUUAUGGCCCUAAAAAACACCACUAUUACUUUUAAUAGUAUCAUUAUAUUAUCAAAGAAACGGAGCUGAAUAGGUUAAAGGACGACGCCGUUUAAAAAAAGAAAAUAAACGAAACUCGUGAAACAACCUUUCUACCAACGAUACUACGAAGAUUUAUUAAUAACACGUCAUGGCGGUUACUUUUGAGAAGUUUGAAGAAAGACUUCGGUUAUCGAAAACGAAUAACGGCUCGACAAAUCACGUUGCUAGACAUCGAAGUAUCAUCAAAGGAUAAAUGGAUUAAAAUGGUUUUUAAAUGGAAUUUUAACGCGACCUUUAAGUAAACAGGGAAAAUGGUUAAAUCCACAACGAUUCUGUACAUUUAAAAAUAAGUUUACAUAUCAUGACAAAAUAAAAGGGUUUUAGUAAAACAGAAUGACAGGUC